CAAGGCGGCAAUAAACCUGACAGGGAAGCGUGUUGGAAUCAUUUCAAACGUCUGACAGCUCCAUCAACAUCUCGUUACUUUCCUGGACUUUUUGGUUUAGGUGACCCAAACACGAUGUCAAACUCAGGAGGUCGGAGACUGAAACAGUGGCUGAUGGAGCAGAUCCACAGUGCACAGUACACUGGACUCCUGUGGGAGGAUGAAAGUCGAACCAUGUUCCGAAUUCCAUGGAAACACGCAGGGAAACAGGAUUACAACCAAGAAGUAGACGCAUCCAUUUUUAAGGCAUGGGCCGUGUUUAAAGGCAAAUUUAAGGAGGGCGACAAGGCAGAACCAGCGACUUGGAAGACCAGGCUGCGUUGUGCGCUUAAUAAAAGUCCCGACUUUGAGGAGGUGACAGAAAGGUCUCAGCUGGACAUCUCUGAACCAUACAAAGUCUACCGAAUCGUACCUGAGGACGAGCAGAAACAUGGAAGAAGUUCUGUGAUGGUGGUGGCGGCUGCCAGCAGCUCUGGCGACAUGACCGACAUGGACUGCAGCCCUGCAGACAUAGACGGGCUCAUUAAAGAGGAAGAAGGCUGCAGGAUUCAGACCAGCCCGGAGUACUGGCCCCAGACCAGUGUCAGUGCUUUCUCGCUGCAUCAGGACCCAUUACCGUCUGGCGCUCUCUGCUCAGCCUUCUCCCAAAUGAUGAUCUACUUCUACUACGGAGGAAAGCUGAUGAGCAACACGCUGGUGACACAUCCCGAAGGCUGUCGCAUCUCCCCGUGCCAGCAGCACCCGGGUCGCGGCGCUCCCUACAGCUCUGACAGCAUGCAGAGUGUUUACUUCCCGUCAGCGGAGCUCAUCGAGUACGAACGCCAGCGUCAUGUGACCCACAAGCUCCUGGGCCACCUGGAGCGAGGGCUCCUGCUGCGCGCCAACCAGGAGGGCAUCUUCAUCAAGAGGCUGUGCCAGAGCAGAGUCUUCUGGAGCGGACUGGCCGACGCGGAAUCGCAUUACAGCCCUGUGCCUUGUAAACUGGAGAGGGAUGCUGUGGUGAAGAUUUUUGACACUGGGAGGUUCCUGCAAGCACUGCAGCUGCACCAGGAGGGUGAGUUUCCAGCUCCUGAUCCAACAGUCACCUUGUGCUUUGGAGAGGAGCUUCAUGGCCUCAACACUGCCAAAAACAAGCUGAUAAUAGUGCAGAUCACUGUGGUGAAGUGCCAACAGCUGCUGGAGGCAGUGAACUCACGCCGCCCGCAAACAUACUGCGCCAACAUGGAACUGUGUGAGGACGUCUCAGCAGAGCAGAUGGCCCGCAUUUACCAGGACCUGUGCGGCUUUAGUGGUCCACAAAGGUCCACCUGCUACAGGGAAAACAUGCCCAUCACCGCCUGAGCACGCGUGAGAGCGCAAGUGCACACUUGAUCACAUUCUCUGACUAUGAGCUUCAUCUGAAUGUUUAUGGUAUUUUUCGUGCUUUUUGUAUGCAAGAAGUUGAACCCUCUUCAUCAUUCCAUUGGAUCAGUGAAACAAGCAAAAAUCAGCUAAAACAUUAGGUACACCUGCACGGUCUAUAAGAUCCAGUACACAAUUUGGCGCCUACAAGGAUGGUACUGUUUUGACUGACACUGUCAGAAAGGCAUCCGCUUACAAAAUGUUUAUUAUUGCAGUACGCGAUGCACUGCGUCAUACUGGGAGAUGUUUUUAAAGUUGCUUACGUUUACCAACAGAUCUAUUUCAAGUGUUGUUGUAGUUAAACAAUUCACUCUGGGGACAUGCUUUUUUAAAAAUAUCUUUGUAGGGCUCAUCACUGUGCAUUGAAUGUCAACGAGGACAUCCCUUGAAUGAGCAAAUCUGUGCAUUUUGCUGUGUGUAAUUUUACGAAAUAUGAAUGUAAGUUUGUAUGCUAUUAUAUUACAGAUAGGUUUUACUAUCGUCACUUUUAAACGUUUUUAAAUGUUUUAAUCUGUCCAUUCUUAAUAAAAUCGUAUGUUCUCUGAAUUACACUUUUGGUUGUUUGCAUAUCAUGUUGUUAUUGUACACUGAUAGCGCACUGUUAGUACACUGACAGCAGGAUAGUUUGGACCCUCACGUUUCCAAUAGCGAAAUGAGUCAAUUGAAGUAAAUGUGGAGUCUUCAAAAAUGCUGCAUUCUUAAUAUCGAUCCAUUCUUAAGAAUGUACUUUAUUUGAAGCAUUGCUUCAUUUUUGUGUGUCUGAUAGUAAUGUGAAACAUUUACACAAGGGGUGUCCAAAGUGCGACCCGGGGGCCAUUUGCGGCACGCGACUGUGAUUUUAUCGGCCCGCAGCACAGUCUGAAAAUGUAAU